AUGUACGCUGCGCACAAAAAGGAUAUCAAUCGCCACAAGAGCUUUCACCCGCUGACGUACCGCAACCUGAGCAAAGUGGAGCAACGACAGCAGGAGGAGGAGGCAAAGAAGAAGUCGGCCAAAGAGCGUAAAGAAGAACUGAGGCAUGACCAGGAGCAGCGCCGGUAUGACGAUCUCAUCCUCGCGGCCUCUGCCGAUAGCGUUAGCGGCCAGCUAGCAAAGUUCCGUCAGGUGGAGAAUAUAUUUGCUGCUGAAGGGAAAAAAGCGAACGCCAGCAGUUCCGCCCCGCCUGUUAAGGAUGAAUUGGCGAGCAUUGCAACGCCUCUCGUGAGGAGUGGUGCGCUCGCCUUCAAGAAGGAGAACACAGAACACGACGGCGAUGAAAAAACGGAGGGACGCAAACGAGGGCGUGAAGAUGCUGCUGGCCUACCGGUGGGUGGUGACGGCAGUGCUGUGGAUGGGCCAAGGGAGGGUAAGAAGGCCGUGACAGGGUUUAUUUCAACGAGUAACGCAGCGCAAUUGCGGAAGGAAUUGGACAAAUUGCAGAAGGAACGACAUGACCCUCUCCGGCGCAUUGAACAGUUCCAGAACCGCACCGUUGCAGCAGAGGCGAAACGCCGGGAGCUCGGUACGGGAGCGGCUUCUGUGUCUAAUUGUGUAGACACGGAGAAGGAUGCCAUACGCAGCCGCAUUCACGAACUAAUACAAAUGAAAAGGCAAAAAUGA